AUGGAUGAUCAGAGAUAUCUCUACAUCUCUGACUACAAGAAACAUGAAGUAAGACGAUGUCAAAUAGGACAUAAGAAUGGAGCAGUCGUGGCUGGUGGCAACAGACAAGGUGCUGGUCUCAAUCAACUGAGGUUUCCGACCUACAUCUUUGUCGAUCAACAACAGACUGUCUACGCGUCAGACAGCUUGAAUAAUCGUGUGAUAAAAUGGAAUAAAGGUGCAAAAAAAGGAAUUGUCGUCGCUGGAGGUCACGGCUAUGGUAAUGCUCUGACACAAUUGUAUUAUCCUAAAGGACUGUUCGUCGAUAUGUUGGGUACCAUCUAUGUAGCAGACUUGGUGAAUCAUCGAGUGAUGCGUUGGCAUAAAGGAGCGAAACAAGGCACUGUCAUUAUGGGUGGAAAUGGUGAAGGAGAAGAAGCAAAUCAGUUCAAAUAUCCCUGGGAUUUGUCCUUCUGUCGACAAGGCAGUCUCUAUAUCGUCGGCCAAUGGAAUCAUGGUGUUCAACGCUUUUCAAUCGAAUGA